AGAAAGGCCACGAGGUUGCAUGCUUUUUCUUCUUCUCAGGCAUGCUCCGGAAGCUGGACAUUAAAAACGAAGACGAUGUGAAAUCUUUUUCUCGAGUGAUGGUCCAUGUUUUCAAAGAUGGCGUAACAAACUGGGGCAGGAUUGUGACUCUUAUUUCUUUUGGUGCCUAUGUGGCCAAACACUUGAAGAGCAUAAACCAGGAGAGCUGCAUCGAACCAUUAGCAGAAAGUAUCACAGAUGUUCUUGUACGGACAAAACGGGACUGGCUUGUCAGACAAAGAGGCUGGGAUGGGUUUGUGGAGUUCUUCCACGUACAGGACCUAGAAGGCGGCAUCAGAAAUGUGCUGCUGGCCUUUGCGGGUGUUGCUGGAGUAGGGGCUGGUCUGGCAUACCUAAUAAGAUAGCCUUGUGAGAGCAAUAGGUAACUCUUAACUCCGGCCACCAAACCACACGCUUCUGUGAAAACAAGUGUAUUUAUGAAGUUGGACUUGAAGCUGCCCGCUUUAACAAUCCAGGAGUUCCACUCUAGCAACAUAGCCAGAAAGCAAGCAAGUGGCUGCAGGAUUGACUAACAAGAAUAAAUACACGGGAAAGUGCUCCCUGUGGAAGAGUACUGUCCGAAAGAAGCAGUUUUCCCUCAGCAGACUGUGGAGGCCGUGGAGGAGGACUUGUAGAUUGGACGAAAGUGGGUAGAUGGACAGACUUGAUUCCUUAUCUAGAAGAGUGGCCAGUCAGGCUAGUCAUAGAGCUCAAUAAAUGUGCAGAGUCCACCACUCUCCUGUAGUGUUGAAAGAGAAGCACUAACAAUGGCGGUGACCUGUGUGGAGUGGAUUUAAGCUACAAGUGACCAGCUGUGACUAGAAGCCCCAGUACUUACUGUAGGAGGAUGUGAAGGGGCCCUUCGGGGGAGCUUCCCAGGUGCACUCCGUGACGGCCCAAGUGCUCUCGGGACAAGAGGCCUGUCUGCUCGGGCUUGGUUGGAUGACUAAGUUCAUCAGCCUAGUUACGGCCAAAAGUACUUGACUCAAGUUCGCUAAUUAGUUACAAGACUGAGAAGCCUCAAUUUUUAAGAAAAACAACUUAUAAAAAAUGUAUUUGUCUGUAAAAAUUGUAUAUAUUUUUACAGAAAGUCUAUUUCUUUGAAUAUAAAAAGAGGGAAGUCUUGGAUUUAGUUUUUCCAUACCCUUUUGAAAUUGCAACUUCUCUAGUUAGAAAUCUAUUUCUUACAGCUUUUUAAAACUUGGUCCAGACCCAGUUGUGUGUGGACUGGUUGUAGUGGGACGAAUCAGAUUCAUAACUAUGCAGGUUUCGUUUUCCGGUCUGAUUUUGUAUCACAGAGGUAAGACAUUUGACCCCCAUUUGACGUGCUAAAAUUGUAAAGUGGUUUGGGAACACAGGCUAGACUCAUAACCAUGGUGCUAUUCACGGGGUUUACUUGUUUAACACAAGUUUAAGCCCGGUGGUGUCAAUAAACAAGUUAUGUAUUUCUUUUCUACUAAUGAUUGCCAAGCUUUGUUUUGAAUUUCUGUAUUGGUCUGUCUGAUGCCCCACCUAUUGUAAUGAGUUAACCUUUACUUCCUUUCCUUUCUUCACAUACUGGCUUGUUAUGCUCUCCCUGGCCCCUCUACAGAUAUAAUCGAGGUCUAUAUUGCCUCCCUGAACCCCCACCCCCCAACUGGGAACCUAAGUGAUCUCCCUCCCUCCGUCUUUGUCUCCUUAGGGUAGUAACUUCCUCUGAGCCCUGUGACGGGCAGUGACAGCUAUGGGGGUGAGACCCCCUUUUCUUGGAUUGGCGUCUUCUCCACUGUUGCUUCUGUUGUCGAAAAGCGUCCAGAGUCAUAGCUUUAGCUACGGUUUGCUCCCGGUGUGAAUCUGCUCACUGAAAUGUAGAGAGAGGUGGUUCUGUUGAGCCUCAGUUACCUAGAAGCCACUGGUAAGCUGAAGGUGUUUGUUUGAGCUAGGGUCAUUGGGAAGCUUCGGUCCCAGAACGUGACCUUUAGUCAGGACUGCAGAUAAAAAUAGGCAUGAAUCAGAUGACUAAGAAUGCAGUGGAGAAGUGCCCUGCCGCCCAUCUCAGCCAUAGGUCAUCCUGCUGGAGCCAUUUGUACCUGUGUAUUUAUCCUUGGUUAUAAAUUGCUUAUUUAUGUUUAUGUCUUGGACUUAUAAGCACUUUAUGUAGUUUAAUUAACCCUACAGGUUAAGGUGACUGAAAGACUAGCCCCCCAUAUUCAGUUGUGGAAGUUUGUGUAUAUGCAGACAGGAUCUUAGUAGGUAUUUUAGCUCCAGGGCCCUGAAGACUUGGAGAGCUCAAGUGGUUGAGAAAAGGGGUUUAUUUAGAGGGAGAAGAGAGAGGCACGAGGCCUGAGUGCUGACUAGCUGAAGAGUUGAGACACAUCCUCCAAAGGGAAGAGGGAGGGCUGCUUGGAAAGACGGCUCUCAGCAAAUUCUGUUUGUCUUACACUUCUCUCAGGGAAAAAACCAACAGUCUUCAAGCAUCCAUGUACAAUCUACCUGGGGUGGUGAAACCUUCAUUCUGGUAGAACCGGCAUUUCUAACAUCUGUUCCCGAAAGGGUUAGGACCAACUGCAAGUUAAUGUGGGUUGUAAAAAAUGUGUUUCCCUAAACUGUUUCUUCUCCUGAGGAAAAAAAAAAAUAAACCUUUUUUUUUUUCUUCUCCAAAGUAA